CUAGGUUAACCGUAAAGCAGUUUGUCCGAUCUGCAAGUUGCUAGUAUUAGGCCUACAGCUGCGUCUACGAUUUAUACAUUUUUGACGAUGAAAGUGGAAGUAGUACAACAUAUCGUUUAUUUAUAGUUAGUAUUAGUGCAUUUUAUGAAAAUGAUCAUUGAGAAUGUGGAAGCUUUGAAGUCGUGGCUGGCCAAACUCCUGGAGCCAAUAUGUGAUGCAGAUCCUUCAGCUUUAGCCAACUAUGUAGUUGCCUUGGUAAAAAAAGACAAACCUGAGAAGGAUCUUAAGGCGCUCUGUGCUGAUCAGUUGGAUGUGUUCUUACAAAAGGAGACAACUGGUUUUGUAGAUAAACUUUUUGAAUGCUUAACCACAAAAAACUACUUGGGAAAUCAAGAGCCACCAGCUAAGGAGGUUUCAAAGGAGGAGGCAAAGCCUGCCGCUCAGAAAGUUGAAGAAAGCAAGGAAGAGACUGGAAACGGUGAUGAAGAGAGGGAGGGACGAAGGAGGAGGAGCCCUUUGAGAAACAGGUCUGAUCUUAAUGAAUCGAGAGUUCGUGAUGACAAGAGAAGGGACGACCGCAAACGUCGAGAUGGUGACCGACACGGUAAGGCCAGCGAUCCGUACAGAGAGCGCUACGACCGCCGCGCAGGCACCAACCGGGCCCGGAGCUUCAGCAGGAGCAGGAGUAAGAGCCGCAGCCGCAGUGGCAGUAGAGGGAAGAUGGGGGACAAGGACCACAGUCGAGGAAAAGACCACAGGUUAAAAUUCGAGAUGGAGAGGAAGGAGCCAGAAGGUUACCUGCCACCCUCUGUGCCGAUGUGCAGCUCCCUCCAGCAGCAGCAGCAACAGCAACAGCAGCAGCAGCAGCAGCAGCAGCAUCAGCAGCCACCGCCGCCCCUGCUUCUCCCCCUGCCACCUCCUCCUCCGCAGCAGUACUCCUCGGGGGGCCAGGCCGUGCCCAGCUCCGUUACUGUGGUAGCACCUGCUCACCUCCCUGACAGCACCACCGAGAGCUGGUCUAAUUACUACUCCAACCACACCGACUCCAAGCCAUUCAACAGGAGCACCGCACUCAAGCGCCGCUGCCGCGACUACGACGAGAAAGGCUUCUGUGUACGUGGUGACUUGUGUCCCUUUGAUCACGGCAAUGACCCCUUAAUAGUGGAUGAUGUCACCUUGCCAGCCAUGAUUCCUUUCCCUCCCCCACCUGGCAUGCCUCCCCCCAGGAUGGGCAUGCCUCCGAUGGUGGAGCCGCCUUCUAAUAUGAGGAUACCACCCAUGCCUCCUCAUGGACAGCCCACACCACCGGGCAUGUUCCCAGUGCCAGGACCUCCACUAAUACCAGCAAGUGCGGUAGAUGCUCGGGAACACUCUGGGACAAGUUCAGUUUCUGCUCUUGCCCCACCAGGAGUAGGACCUCCUCCUGCUUUACCUCCGCAUCCUCAGUACACUUUAUCAGAAUAUAACUACGACCCUGAAGCAUAUAACCCAGAAGCACCUGGGAUCACGGCUCCAGGCAGACCCCAGUACAGGCAGUUCAUCCCCAGAAUACAGACGCAAAGACCUAAUCUCAUUGGACUCACCUCCAGUGAUAUGGACACACAGAAUUCAAGAGCGGCCAAUAUUGUGAUCCAGACUGAGCCCUCUCCCUCAGCAAUGACAAAUAAUAACGCAAGAUAUAGCAACGAUCAAGACAACCGCAAGAGGUCUAUGGCUAACACUGAGGGGCCCCAGGCAAAGAAGCCCUGGAUGGACAAGCAGAAUUUCAAUAACCAGCAUAAACCUGCUUUUCAAAAGAAAAACCAUUAUGCCAACACAAAACUUGAAGUUCGCAAAAUCCCCAGAGACCUUAACAAUAUUACCAAGCUGAAUGAACAUUUCAGCAAAUUUGGCACUAUUGUCAAUAUUCAGGUUGUGUUUGGCGGCGAUCCAGAAGCGGCUCUUAUACAGUACACCACAAACGAAGAAGCCAGGAGAGCAAUAUCCAGCACAGAAGCUGUGUUAAAUAACAGGUUUAUCAGAGUCUACUGGCACAGAGAGAAUAAUGAGCAGCAGCAACAGCAACAGCAGCAUCAGGCCCAGACACAGACUGCCCCCGUAGCAUUGCAGCAUACAAGUGUUCAUAAGGUCAUCAACAAACAACAUAACCCUGGAUCAUACGUUCUUAACAAAAUGACACCUAAACAUCGUCUUGGAAAUGCCACUGGGAAUAAAGGAGAUGCUCCGCAGCCCAGUACAGAAGUUUCACCGGCGAUGCCUGCCUCUAUGAGCCUUCAAAAAGGAGCCUACAGUUCUGCAGUCAUGAAGAUGACUUCAAAGCCAAUGGUGAAAGCAACUAAGGCACUUGAGGCACAUGAGGCCAUGAAGAAAAAGCAGGAAGCACUAAAAUUGCAGCAAGAUAUGAGGAAAAAGAAACAAGAAAUGCUAGAGAAGCAAAUAGAAUGUCAGAAGGUGUUGAUUAACAGACUUGAAAAAAAUAAAAACAUGAAGCCAGAGGACAGAUCUAGCAUUAUGAAGACCCUGAAAGACCUCACUGAGAAGAUUUCACAGCUGAAAGAUGAAAUGAAGCCAUCUUGUAACACUCUAGCAAAGUCAGCCCAGCUUAAGACUAAAAUAGAUGCACAGAAGGAACUGUUAGAUGCAGAGCUGGAUUUCCAUAAAAAGCUGAGUUCUGGAGAAGAUACAACUGAUUUAAAAAAGAAACUCAGUCAGCUUCAGGUAGAGGCGGCCCGCUUGGGGUUAAUACCCGCUGGUCGAGGAAAGGUGACCCCAGUCCGAGGUCGCGGAAGGGGACGAGGGAGGACCUUGAGGGGCCGAGGAGCUGGGAAUCACAUGGUGGUGGACCACCGACCUCGUGCUUUGGCCAUCCUGGGAGUAACAAAGGAGGAGAAGGAUGAACUGAUGCCUCAUUUUGUUAAAUUUGGAGAGAUUGAAGAGUUACGUGACCAUGAUGCCACAAGUGUUGUGAUGACAUUCAAGACGCGAAGUGAGGCAGAAAACGCUGCCAACCAAGGUGCAAAGUUCAAGGGUCGCACUCUGCAGAUCUCGUGGUAUAAACCCAAGACUCCAUCAGUAUCAACUGAACCAGAAGAAGAAGAAUCUAAGGAAGAGGAGGCUGAGUGCUCCCUCUUACACCCUGAGGAAGAGGAGGAAGAUGAUGACGAAGAGGAUGAGGAUGAAAGCCGUUCGUGGCGAAGAUGAAAAAAUUCUUCACCCCCCUUUUUUUUGUGAAAGACUGUUAAUUUUUGUAGUACAAAGUAGAUGUAUUUAAUAAGGUAGAAAUCAUGUUUUCAAAACAGAGUUCAGGUUUUGAGACUAAGAAGCCAAAAUAAGUGAAGUGUCAGAGACGGUACUUGCAGUAAUGGUUAUAAUAGGAAUGUGAGAAAACAAGACUCCAUUCAGCUGUCAGGGUUAAUCUGUUGUACAUUUUGGGAUAUCAGAUUUUGUAAUAGCUCUCAUUUAGCUGUACGUAGCAUAAACAAAGCAAAUUUUCUAGCACCUUCAUUCGAGCUGUGAGCCUGACCCUUCCUUCAGUGGCCUGCCCAGACUCCAGGAGUUUGUGUCUCUUAAUUGUCGAGGUAAAUUAAGUUCAGGUUCUGACAGGUUGUUGCUGAGCCUUUUGUUCAUUGCAGGCUUCAUCCCCUUUUAUAAACGGGGUGCUUUCUUGUCUAAUUGCUGCAAGGGUAGGAUCAAAAUUAGUGUGAAUAAACAAUUUAUGAAAACAUCUUUUUCAGAGUUACUUUUUCAAGCCCAUUUACACUUGGGAUUUAAGAAAAGGGCAUUUAGCUGUGCGUUACUGAUUUAAAAGAAACAUACAUUGCGGUUUUUACUGCAUAGUGGAACUGAAGUUAUGAACAUGCUUUGAGAUUUGAAAUUCUUUAGCUUGCCUUCUUUAUUUUUUUAAGUGCAGGCUGUUUUUGGUGAUUUAUAUAUUCUCACACUUAUGCGUUAAAUAGGACAUUUUGAUACUUUUAAUUGAAACCUUAAUGAAUUAAGACUAAAUAUUGUCUACAAGCACAAUAAAGGUGUCAUAAAAGCUAUACUUUCCCUAAAACAUUCUCAAAUUCUUUAAGAAAAGGAAAUUAUAUUCAGCACGACAUUUGGACUAUUUGAAAACUGAAACGGGCUGAUAAUUCGUUUUCAUGCAAAAAAACUCAGUACCCCCUAAAUAGAUUGAAAAAUAACAUACAAGAUUUACAGUAGGACAUUCUUUCCUAACCAGUUUUGUCAAAAGACUGGAUAGUUUUGUUCCAGAUUAUUUUGCAUUUUGUGUAAUAUGCAGUGCCACUUUAUGUAAAGAUCUACAUCAAAAAUGAAAGACUGUAGAUUGUGCCAGUAUUUCGUAAGGAAAGGAAUAAAAAUGUGAAUAGCUCUAUGAUUUCCCCAACAAUAUAAAUAGUUGUAAGGAUUUUUUUCAGUCAUUACCCAAAGAGUUCUUUGGCCUUUGUACAUGAUAUAUUAUAAGCAAACUUAGAACAUUUCUCACAUCCCUGUUCAAGAUAUGGAUUAUUUUACAGGGAACAAUUUAAUGCUUCUGCAUUAUGCAGAGUGGUGUUUGAAUGUAUAUUAAUACAUUUUUGUUUUGUAUAUAAUUUUGCCUUAUUGUCUAUUAAAUUACCAGCAGACAGCUGCAUUUUUAUAAGA